AUGUCGAAGCACGCGACCUUGGUCUUCUCGCGCCACGGGGAGUCGGAGUGGAACGUGGCGAACAUCUUCACCGGAUGGGUGGACGUGGACCUCUCCGAGAAGGGCUUGGGCGAGGCCAAGGGCGCGGGUGAGCUUCUGAAGGCCGAGAACUUGCAAAUCGACAUCGCCUUCACGUCCUUCCUGAAGCGUGCCAUCAAGACCUGCAACCUGGCACUGGAGUCGGCGGAUCAGCUCUACGUCCCCGUGAACAAGUCCUGGCGCCUGAACGAGCGCAUGUACGGUGGCCUCACAGGCUUGGACAAGAAGGAGACGGUCGUCAAGCACGGCGCGGAGCAAGUUCAGAUCUGGCGACGCAGCUUCGACAUCCCCCCGCCAGCCUUGGAAAAGGAGAGCAAGUACCACCCUUGCCACGAGCCCAAGUACGCUGCACUGGAUCCCAAGGAGGUGCCAGACACUGAGUGCCUGAAGGACACGAUUGCUCGUGUGAUGCCGUACUGGGAGUCCACAAUUGCUCCAGAGUUGAAAGCGGGCAAGACUGUGUUUGUGGCUGCCCACGGCAACUCCAUCCGCGCCAUCGUCAAGAUGAUCGAGGGCAUCUCGGACGACGUCAUUCCGGGCCUUGAGAUUCCCACCGGCACGCCCCUGGUGUACGAGUUGGAUGCCGACCUCAAGCCCAUCGCCAGCCCCUUGGCUGUGGAGCCCCUCAAGUUCGGCCGCUACCUGGGCGAUGCGGAGAAGAUCAAGGCAGCCGCCGAGGCCGUCAAGAAUCAGACCAAGGUCGGCUGA